AUGGCUUUUAAAGCAUUCACAAAAACACAGAUCUAUGAAAAACACGAAGCUCCAAAAGAAAAGGACAAAUUCGGGAUCCAGUGCCUCGAGUGCUUCGAUCGAAAUCUGUAUAUUGGGAGUAAAAAUGCAACAGUGCAGCACCUGAUCCUACAAAACAGCACCAACCCAGACCUGAGUCCUGGUCAGAGCCAAACCAGAGAAGGUAGAGCCAGAAAACUGGGCUCCAGCAACCCAGUCGUCCAACUGAGAGCGGUCCCGCUUUUCAACCACUUGCUGGUCCUGUGGGACCGCGGCGUCACGGCCCUCAACAUGUUCUCCCUGGAGCCGGUUCCUGGCUUGAAGAAAAUCCAGCACGUGUCUCUGUUUGAGGUUGGCGACUCCUUGCUCACAGCUCGGGCAGGAUGCGUGCAGCUGGUGACUUCCUCCAGCCGCAGGAGAGUGGUGCACAUCCACGUGGUGGGAGUGGACAGGUGGGAGGUUGUAAAGGAGGUGUCUCUACAACAGGAUCCCGUGGCCUUGGCAAUAGAUGGCACCAGUCUGUGUGUAGGCACCUGUGACAGGUACCUCCUCUGGGACGUGGAGACUGGGAGCAAAGAGGAGCUUUUUCCUCACAAUCACAACAAGCAAGGCGUCAUUGUUACCUCAGUGGGACGAGGGGAGUUCCUCCUGAAUGGGCCUGAAUCUUUGGGCAUGUUCGUGAUGAAGACAGGGAUUUGCCAGCGCCCCCCCCUGCAGUGGCCUCAGGAGGUGCUGGCAGCCACAGUAUGUUUCCCUUACAUCCUCACCCUGCAGCCCCAAGUGCUGUCUGUGUACAGCAUGUUGGAUCAGCGGUGCAAGCAGAGUGUGAGCCUCCAUGGAGGGAAGGGUCUGCUCUCCACUUCAGAUGGCGUGUUGGUGUUCACAGAGAGAGAGAUUUUCAGUUUGCAUCUGGUGCCGUUUGAAGAGCAGAUCCAGACGCUUGUAGGACACGAGAGGGUCGAGGAGGCUUUACUGCUGCUGGACGGGGUUCAGAGCCGUCGUCCACUUGACUCAUACAAGGAGCUGCAGAAGGCCGUCACUUGCCUGGCUGGAUUUGUUCAUUUUUACCGGGAGGGUUUUUCCGAGGCCAGAGAACUAUUCAUUGCAGGCGAGCUGGACCCCAGAGAACUCAUCCUCCUCUACCCAGACAUGAGGUCGUGUCUCGGCAACGACUUUCAGUCCCAGUUUGAUCAGGGGACCAAGAAGGGCGGGGCUCUCCAGGUGCUCUGGGGGGAGGACACAAACAUGUUUCAUCACUACCUGGACUUCCUGGCAGAUUUUCUCCGAGCUGUCAGGGGGACUGAGAGAGACUCAGCGUGCAGUGCGGAGGUGGACUGCGCCCUCCUGAGGCUGUACGUGGUACUGGGAGACACUGGGAACCUGCAGCAGCUUGUCACUUCUCCUAAUGAGUGCAGGCUGGAUCACUGUGUUCCUGCUCUGGAGAAAAACAACAGAUUUUUUGCGUUAGGUUCCCUCUAUCAAAGCCAAGGGAGGCAAACUGAUGCAAUAAAGACUUGGGUAACGAUUGCAGACGGCUCCCACCAACACGACUCUUGCUCAGAUGUGUACGGACACAUAGUGCAGACUCUCAGUCAGCUGGAAGACAGAGAUAUCGUGAGGAAGUUUGCAGACUGGACUCUGCAAAAAAAUCAAGAGAAAGGUGUGCACAUUUUCACCAACCGCCCUCCAGACGAUCGACUGGAGACACAGGACGUCUUCCUCCUCUUGGAGAAAUAUCCGCUGGCGUCGGUUUUGUAUCUUGAGUUCCUGAUCCAUGAUUUAAGCAGCGAGGAGGAAAGUCAUCACAGCCGUCUGGCCUUGGCCUAUGUUACUCAGACACUGCGAGAGGAAGAGGAAGCAGAUUUGAGGUCGACCAGGGGGAAGUUGCAACAUCUGUUAUGGGAAUCCAAAUUCUACGACGUCUCCACUGUAUACGAGAGAGUCCAGUCAACGACCCUACACGUAGAGACAGCCAUUCUCCUCGGCAGGAGUGGGGACCACUCCCGGGCGCUGCAGCUGCUUGUUCACCGGGAGCGAGACCCCCAGGCUGCAGAGGCCUACUGCUGCAGGGCUGCCCAGGGCCAGGACCCUCCCUUCAGACAGGCCCUGCUGCUCACCCUGCUCCAGAUCUACCUGAGCUCCGAGGAUCCCAGCGGCACUGCGGUGGAUCUGCUGAACGACAACCCGCGGGCCUUUGCAGCGGAGAAGGUCGUCCAGCUCCUGCCCGACUCUUGGUCUGUUCAGCUUGUCUCCCAGUUCUUAGUCGGGUCCGUGAGGGCAACGCUCCACCAGAGUCGCCUGGUGAAGCUGCAAAAGGCACUGGCCCAGGUGGAGCUCAUGCGGCACAAGGUCACUUGGAUGCAGGCCUCAAAAGCAAUGCUCAGACUGGACAAGGAGCAGAAGUGUCAGGUCUGUCAGCGAGUCCUCGCCGAGCCUCACUUUGCCUGUGACCUGCACGGCGAGCUCAUGCACGUGGGCUGCUCUGGCUUUUUUUAG